AUGGCGGCGGGUGGCGGCGGUAGCUGCGAUCCCUUGGCCCCGGCGGGGGUCCCUUGCGCCUUCUCUCCAGAGAGACAUGCCUACUUCGCCUUGGCUUCUACUGAUGGUCACCUGCGCGUGUGGGAGACAGCCAAUAACCGGUUGCACCAGGAGUACGUGCCUUCCGCGCACCUCAGCGGUACCUGCACCUGCCUGGCCUGGGCGCCACCGCGGUUGCAGGCCAAGGAGAGCCACCAGAGGAAAAAGCGGAAAUCAGAAGCUAUAGGAACGGGUGACCAGAUUGACUUGUUGGCUCUUGGUACAGCAGUUGGUAGCAUUUUAUUGUACAGUACAGUAAAAGGAGAAUUGCACAGUAAAUUAGUAGGUGGUGGUCAUGACAACAGAGUCAAUUGCAUACAGUGGCAUCAAGACAGUGGCUGCUUAUAUAGUUGUUCAGAUGAUAAGCAUAUUGUGGAGUGGAACACACGGGCGUGCAAAGUGAAGUGCAAAUGGAAAGGUGACAAUAGCAGCGUCACUUCCCUGUGUAUCAGCCCAGAUGGAAAAAUGUUACUUUCAGCUGGUCGAACAAUCAAACUAUGGGUUUUGGAGACCAAAGAAAUCUACAGACACUUCACAGGACAUGCAACGCCAGUUUCAUCGCUUAUGUUCACUACUAUCAGACCCCCUAAUGAGAGCCAGCCCUUUGAUGGGAUUACAGGCCUCUAUUUCCUAUCUGGAGCAGUGCACGACCGGUUACUCAAUGUCUGGCAGGUCCGGUCAGAAAACAAGGAAAAGAAUGCAGUGAUAUCCUUUACCCUUACAGAUGAACCUGUAUACAUUGACUUGACUUUGUCAGAAAACAAAGAAGAGCCUGUGAAGUUAGCUGUUGUCUGCAGAGAUGGUCAAGUCCAUCUUUUCGAACAUGUGUUAAAUGGACACUGCAAAAAGCCUUUGACUUCAAACUGCACAAUUCAGAUAGCAACACCUGGGAAAGGCAAGAAAUCAACGCCAAAACCCAUCCCUAUUCUUGCCGCUGGCUUUUGCUCAGACAAAAUGUCACUGUUGCUUGUGUAUGGCAAUUGGUUUCAGCCUACUAUGGAGCGAGUGGCUUUAAACUCCAGAGAACCUCGUAUGUGUUUGGUAAGAGAUAUUUCAAACUGCUGGGCCCCAAAAGUAGAAACGGCUAUAACAAAGGUGAGGACACCGGUGAUGAAUUCUGAAGCUAAAGUUCUGGUGCCUGGGAUUCCUGGGCAUCAUGCAGCUAUCAAACCACCUCUUCCAUCCACUGAGGAAGUAGAAAGCAAGCGGAAGUUAGGGGGAAAUGAGGUUAGCAUUGAAGAGCGCCUGGGAGCCAUGGAUAUAGACACGAAACGGGGAAAGGAUGACCUCUUGCAGACAAGCAGCUUUCCAGUUCUUCUCACCCAGGGGUUAGAAAGCAACGAUUUUGAAAUGCUAAAUAAAGUACUUCAAACUAGGAAUUUAAACCUGAUAAAGAAGACUGUGUUAAGGAUACCCUUGCAUGCUGUUAUUCCGUUGUUGCAAGAGCUUACAAAGAGGUUGCAAGGACACCCUAAUAGUGCUGUUUUAAUGGUUCAGUGGCUGAAGUGUGUGUUAACGGUUCAUGCAUCGUACCUGUCCACAUUGCCUGACUUGGUACACCAGCUGGGAACACUCUACCAGCUAAUGGAAAGCAGAGUCAAAACUUUUCAGAAACUCUCACACCUUCAUGGGAAGCUUAUCCUCCUAGUCACACAAGUUUCAGCGUCAGAGAAAACAAAGGGAAUGACUUCCCUUGGACAGAAGGCCAAAUUGGUGUAUGAAGAAGAAUCUUCUGAAGAGGAGUCUGACGAUGAAAUAGCUGAUAAGGAUUCUGAUGAUAAUUGGGAUGAAGAUGAGGAAGAGAAAGAAAGUACAAAAGAUGAAGAUACUGAGGAAGAGAAUGAAGAAGACAAUGAGGCUGAAGAAAAUGGUGGGGACAGAGACGUAGCCAGCGAAAAAGAAUUAAAUGGAGAUUCUGAUUUAGAUCCUGAAAAUGAAAGUGAAGAAGAAUGAAGACAGAA